CUCCACUUUCAGUUUCGUUGGCGGGUUGAUGCCGGCUGUACGCGCGAGAUCUUCGCCGACGAGCAAAUUAUGUGUUUGUAGAGUGCUCGUUCGUUUGGGCCCGAACACCGAACCGAGAUUCUAGGUUGUCAGUGUCAUGCGGGAGAGCUGAAACCCGGCACAUCGCAAUGUUAAGAUGGCUUGGACCGCGCAAGGCCCCGACGCCGAACGACGGUCAAGCAGAUCCCAUCCCGAGCAUCCUCCAAGACGAAGACGUCACCGACGACCCCCUGGCCACGCUCGACACACUGCGGAAGGGACAGAAGCAGAUCUACUCAGUCACCAGGUCAGUCUUCUUGCCCAGAGUUAGCCUCAAGAACACUUGUAACACUACCACUUGCUGUACCAGUGCAGGGGUGAACCCACUCUUCCGCGACACCCAGCACAAGCCCCAGCGCCAGAUCAGCCCCCACCCCGAAAAAUCCACUUCUUCGGGCUACGGCAGCAGCGUCGACCACUUCUACUCCGAAGCGAAACUCCGCGAUGACGCCGUCACCAUCCUGGAACAAAACCCGGCUUUCGUCAAGUCCAUCAAAGUACCAUCGCGUACUAUCCGCAAUAACCGGUCGCUGCCGUCCUCCGGGUCGUCGGGCGCCGGUACCCUGACCACGAUCCCCGAAGGACGCGUCGACUUGCCCAUCCCCAAACCCAUCUGGCCGGACAAAAAGGCCCACGACUCGUUGGUCGACGACGCGCUGUUGCUGUACACCAGUCUGCACCACCACGACGAGUCCGCGUUCUUCGACCACCGCAUGGAGGUGUCCGUGAAGGAGGUGCUGGUGGAGCUGCUCAACGGGAUCAACGCCACGAUGGAGGGUACCACUGGGUUGAGUCCGGAGGAGGUGCUCAAAACCGUCAACGAGAAGAUCGCGGCGAGUAUUGAGACGUUGAGGGUGAGCACUGAAGAGGAGAUGAAGAAGCUGUGUGUGAAUUUGAGCAACUGCAGGAAGAUCAAUUCGGUGCUGAGGGCUUUUAGUACUUCUGGGGAGAGGACGGGUAGUGAUGACGAGUUCUAUCAGGUAGCGUCUGGGUCGUCGAGUAGUGGCUUUAGUGAUUUGAAUGCUCUGCCGGUUUUUAUCCACGAGGACCUGGGGAGUGUGCCGAAUGGGCUGAGGAACGCGAUGAUCUAUGGGACUCUGUACAGAGGGAAGGGGGCGGGGAAGGCGAAGGAAGCACCCAAGAAGAUCUCGUUGAGGGAUGUCAAUGACAACAAGCCGAGUGUGUGGGAGCAGUACUAUGGGGUGAAGGCGGUGCAGGAGGGGGAGGUGAAGUAUGCGCCGAAGCCAACGGAUGUCCCACUUUUUCCCGGCGGCCGCCCAGAAGCCGACUUCACCCUCGACGUCCCCCGCUCCGAGCUGCUCAGCAAACGCAUGAAACAGGACAAAAAGUGGCGCUGUCGCUGCCGCCUCCUCACCUCCUUCUUGGGCUUGAUCUUCUUCCUCCUCUCCGUGAUGGCUGUGAGUCUGAUGCUCACCAGAGGCAAGCGGAUGUUCGGUUCGAUGAUGUGAAGAAACCGGCCAAAAGUCACUGCGCCUUGUGAUAUUGGAGAUUCGAUCACGUUGAAGCACCGAAAUACUGCCAUAACAUUGCUCAUUUUGCUGGUGCCAAAUGUUUAGUUACCACGAAUGCAGUAUUGGUCCAGAUGGGCUACCGAGUUGUGAUAAAAAAAAAUUGAUUGUGUCAUUAGCGAGCCGUGCCGGUCGGCAUGGGCGGUUUUAUUUUGAGAAUGGUACAGAUUUAACUUAUUGAUUCAGGUAUUUUAGCGAUUUUAGGUUUUGUAUUUAAGAGGAGAUGCGUUUGAGUGUAAGUUAAUGUGUAAAUGCGAGGUGUGUGUGCAGAUUAUUUGUAUAUAUUGUAAUAAAUAAAGGAGUAAUAAGCAAGGAGUGGAGUUUCUUGAGAAAUUAUUGGUGUUUGCAUGAAAAAAAAGUUUCCAGAAAAAAUUGUAUUAACCUUGUUUGCGGAAAUUGAUAAAAUAAAUCAUGUUGCAUUUCUAAGGAAUUAUCAGUUAUAAUCUUAAUCUCACUAGAAAUUAGCGACACAACAGGGAAAAAUUAAUCCAUCAGGGAACUAUUUGUCAAAUUGGACGAAACGUAGCGUUAUUAAUUAAUUAUGGAUAUUUUUUGUUUAUUUUAGCCCGGUCUUAAGUACCUAACAAACGAGAUACCUUUAAAAAAAUACAGUCAACAUAACUUUACGCAAAUUUACAAAUUCGCUAACAUUAUCUUAUUUGCAAAGUAAAAACUUUCAUUUUGUUCACACCUUUAUUAUUGUGUAUUUACUGUAUUUACUGACCUUUAUUUUAUCACAUGUAGCAACAAAAUAACAUUUAUUUAUCUUUGUAAAUUAUAUAAAUCAGUAUCAGUAGGUUGGUUUUAGACGCAAGCGACUAUCUGACCUUCAAAAAACAAACUUCAAAAUAAGUAUAAUUUGUUGUUUACUUUAGUAAUAUCGGGAUAACUUUUCUAAAAUAUAAUUUCAUUCGAAAUC